UCCCUCUAUGUUCUCCGUCGGUUGCUCAGCGAAAACGCGAAGCCCGUGACGCUGGCUGACAGUUCAGUGCCGCUGGCUCUAAAAUGGAGAGCGACACCACUAUCCGGAGAAUAAAACCUCUGGGGACCAAUCAUUAUUUCGCACAGGACAACAGCGUGCCCCAAUACAGAUACGGGGAUAAUGGCUACAGCGGAGACCAAAAGAGAAAGCCUGAAGUCAGCUUGUACUUGCUGCGAGAAGGGCUCGCAGCUUCCCUGGUGUCGGUGUUUAUUUUGGUGCUAUGGGGACUUGUUCAUUUGUCGUUACAGCAGCUUGUCAUUGGGAAAUCAAGCGGUGAAUUUAACGCAAUACGGGCUAGACAGCACCUGGAGCAGAUCACCAGUGUUGGGCCGAGGCCGACGGGCAGCCCAGAGAAUGAGGUUCUGACAGUGGGAUAUUUGUUGGAGCAGAUUGAAAAGAUCCGUGAUGAGACCUUAGCAGGCCCUCAGCAGCUUACUGUGGAUAUACAACGGCCCACCGGCUCUUUCUCUAUAGACUUUCUCGGGGGAUUUACCAGCUUCUAUGACCGUGUCACUAACAUUGCUGUGCGCCUGGAACCAAAAGGAGGGACACAGCUUCUGAUGUUGGCUAAUUGUCACUUUGAUACAGUGGCUAAUAGUCCAGGUGCCAGUGAUGAUGCUGUGAGUUGUGCUGUGAUGUUGGAAGUCCUGCAUUCCUUGGCCAACCUUUCAACCCCUCUACAUCAUGGAGUUAUUUUUUUAUUCAAUGGGGCGGAGGAAAAUAUUCUGCAGGCCAGUCAUGGUUUUAUAACUCAGCAUCCAUGGGCCAAACAGGUCAGAGCUUUCAUUAACUUGGAAGCUGCUGGUGUCGGGGGCAAAGAAGUAGUUUUUCAGACAGGUCCUGAAAACCCAUGGUUGGUCCAGGCCUAUGUUCACGCAGCAAAACAUCCCUUUGCAUCAGUAGUGGGACAGGAAGUUUUCCAAAGUGGCAUUAUUCCCUCUGACACAGACUUCCGCAUUUAUAGGGACUUUGGUAACAUUCCAGGUAUUGACCUUGCUUUUAUUGAGAACGGUUUCAUCUAUCACACUAAGUACGACACUGCCGACAGGAUUUUGACAGACUCAAUCCAGAGAGCUGGUGACAACAUCUUGGCAGUUCUGAAGUACUUGGUUAUGUCAGAGAAACUGGCUGAUGCUUCUGAGUAUCGCCAUGGUAACAUGGUGUUUUUUGACCUAUUGGGAGUUGUUGUAGUGGCUUAUCCGGCACGUGUUGGUACCAUUCUUAACUACAUGGUUGCUGCGGCUACAUUCAUUUAUCUGGCAAAGAAGGCUUCAUUGCCUGGCAAUGCAGGUGGCCGUUAUGUUCGAGAUUUGGCCUGUGCCACUGGAGUAGCAAUCCUGAGCUGGUUUGUCACAUUGUUGUCAGUGCUGAUUGUAGCUCUGCUUAUUACUCUGUUGGGUCGCUCCAUGUUCUGGUACAACCACUUUUAUGCCUGUGUGUGUCUUUACGGGGCUGCUACCACUGGCAAGAUGGUCUUUAUUCACACACUAGCCAAAAACCUGUAUUAUGGGGGUGUGCGCCUGGUCGAGCUGGGGGACCUGUACUUUGAUGUGAGCUUACUGCUGUGGUGCUGCGGCCUGGUGUGGCUGACACAACAGGGACUGUGCUCAGCGUACGUGCCCAUGCUCAUGGUUGCCUUUCCCCUGGCCACGAGACUACUGCUGGCCAAAGAGUUUAAGCAUAAAGGAGCAUCUGCGAAAUAUUGUGUGCUUUAUUUGCUGGGUUUAACACU